AUGAUGAAGCGGGGGCCCCCCUCCUCAACUAGCCGGCCGGGGGGCCCCCCCUUCCUCUCACCGUUGUUAGUUUCCUUAGACCCUCCUGGGGGCCUUCGGGGGGGCCCCCAGGUGGGGCCCCCAGGGGCCCCCCCAACAGAAACGGAUUGGGGGGCUGAGGGGCCCCCCGUGCUGCCUCGGCUGCAGCAGCAGCAGCUGCAGCAGCAGCGCUCGCUGCGCCUGUGGCUGCAGAAGGCGAAGAGACAGCAGAGACAAACGCAGCGGCAGCAGCAGGAACACCCAUUGGUGGGGCCCUUCCCAGCUGUCUCCCCGUGUGGGGGGCCCAGGAGACAGAGACAGAGGAAACGGAGACAGACACUGCAGCGGGAGACGUCAUCAUGGAGAUGCUCGAUCAGUUAG